AUGUGUUUUUUGCGAGUCCGUCUCCUGGUUCUCUUCCUUCUAGCGUCGCUCCUGCUAUUCCUCACUUCUCCGUUGGCUGCCCAACUUCGUCUGCUCCUCCAAAUGCCCUUCAUCUGGCAACAGUCCGCAGCCGACUCCAUUAUCUCACAUGACCACGAUAGCUUCGAUGUCACGUUUCGCGCCUACGAUGGCCAACAACCCCCCUCAAAGCUCCACCAUCUGUCCCCAGUUCCCGCGACGCUCCAUCACGUCCACUUGGGAGGUACAGCUCUCCGACCAGAAUGGCUAGCAGCUAGGGAAGAAUGUCUGAGAAUACAUCCUGGAUGGAAGACACACACCUGGGACGAUACAGCAGCCAAUCAGUUCGUGCGGGACCACUUCCCCGAUCUCCAAGAUAUCUGGAACAACUACCCCUACCUCGUCCAGAAGGUAGAUGCGCUACGCUACAUGAUCCUCUACAUACACGGAGGUGCGAUCUUAGACCUUGAUCUCGUCUGUAAGCGAUCGCUCGAACCACUCCGCCGGUUUGACUUUGUCGCGCCCGCGGCCUAUCCCGCCGGCUUCUCUAUCGGCAUGCUCCUGUCCAGUCCGAAGAACUCGUUUGUCCGUGAUUUGAUUGAUAAUCUACCUCGUUUCAAUCGUCGCUGGUUCCUUUUUCCGUAUGUUACGGUUAUGUUUAGUACUGGGUGUCAUUAUGCGUCGACUAUUUAUACCACCCAGCCGAAUCGAACGUCCCUCCGUAUCUUGUCCGGUCCGCCCGAUCGUCCGAAUAUGCAUAUGCUGAAUGGGUUCGUGGAUACCCCGCUCUUCCAACACUUGGGGACGUCGUCGUGGCAUGCGAAUGAUGCGCUUUUUGUGAGGAUGGUUGAAGGAGUGGGAAGACGAGUUCUAUACUGUAUUCUCUCGGCCGUUAUAGUGGGUGGGUGGGUGGUAUUUUCGUGGUCUAUAGCGGCCCGACGACGUUCUGUCAGAAUGGAGACGUCAACGUCACCAUCUAAGGUUUUGGAAAAGGUUGUGUGA